AUGGCGGCCCAGUAUCCAGCUCAGAUGAACUUCCUCGCUCCUCGCAAGCCAGAGGAUGGGCCUACCUUCUACCGAUCCGCAGCCGCAGAGGGAUUUGAGACCAGCAACUUCCAUCAAGAGCCGUAUAGCGUCACUGUAACGGAUGCCCGGCCACAGAGAGAUUCCUUCCAGCUAGACACCCACGGGUUUGCCUUCGCCGUGGACCCAGAGGGCAGCCAGCCAGAGGUGUUGGAGGCCAUCCGCGCAGGCGACAAGGAGACCGUCCAGAAGCUCUACUACCCGCUGGUUGAGAAGCUGAUCAAAGAUCACACCGGAGCAUCAAGGGUAUUCAUAUUUGACCAUACCGUCCGACGCCGGGAGGCCUCUUUGGCAGGCAAGAAUCCCAACGGCCGUGAGCAGCCUGCGGGCACAGUCCACUGUGACCAGUCUCCUCUCGGUGCUCGCAGGCGAGUCUACCAGCAUCUCCCCGAGGAGGCAGACGAGCUGCUCAAGGGGCGGGCUCGAAUCGUCAAUGUCUGGCGCCCGCUAAAGGGCCCUGUCCUCGACUGGCCGCUGGCUGUGAUGGACUGCACGACGCUGCAGAAGGCCGAUAUACAUCCGACGAAGCUCUAUCGCGGCCGCUUCGAGCUGCGCGGCGAGACGGUCAGCAUCAGCCACAACGCCGGACAGCACUGGUACUAUCUCGACAGGCAGCAGACGGACGAGAUCACCAUGAUCAAGAUCUGGGACAGCAAGGACGUUGCCGGACACAUGUGCGCUCACUGCGCCUUUCAGCAUCCCGAGACCCCUGAAAACGCUCCGUUGCGCGAGAGUGUCGAAGUGAGAUGUUUGAUAUUCAGCGACGAGUAG